AUGUACCAUAUACCUCGCCCCGAAGGUACGCCAUUCAGUGUGAAGGGAGCCGCGCAGCUCAAAUCACCGACAGCGAUGGCGGGAUGUACUGCAAGCCCUGUUCGUCCAUCAACGGCGCACUCCACGAUUCGUACUGUUCCCCCGUCACCGCCACUUAGCAUCACCGGCGCGCUGGCUGUCGACUUUGCAGAUUAUCCUGCAAAGGCCCGUGGCGAUGUUUCCCCUGACUCACAGAAAGCGCCUCUCGAUGCCGAAGGAUCAAGGGGUGAGCAUAUAGGAUCCGUCGCAGAACAUGUGACCAAUCCCGAAAACGAAUGUGGUGACAAGGGCUCCUCCUUCAGCUCCCCAGGCACAGUUCUGCGACGCAGCCUUGUAGGAUCGGGGCGCUCGCCAUCGAAAGUCAGAUCGCGCUCGCACUCACCUAGAAGACAACCAGGAGUCCCGAUUGCAAAUUCAUCUCACCUGGCACACAUGGUUCAAGACCAGCGUGCAGCGGACUCGACGUGGUAUAGCACGACUGAAGAUGAAAUUGACAACAACGAUGACAGCGACGAGCGAGAUGCUCCCGAGACACCUACACCCAUGUCACGAGAGCAACGGAUGCAGGCUUAUACACCUCUCGGUGUAAAACCCCUCUUCUCGAAUGGGCGUGAGCGGAAACAGCACAGUGGGGACAGCGUGUACAAGGCAACCCGCCCAAAGGAUCAAUCCACCCUCACCCUCCACCAUAAGCAGGCGCACUUUCAACCCGAUUUCCACCAAAAGAGCAAGCCUCACCUCGGGCACACGGUCUCCGGAGUGCGCAUCAGAAAGCGCUUCCCUGGUGCCACCGAGGAGCAGGCUAGGGACUCAGUCCAUAAUCCACCACCGCAAAGCUCCACACGCAACAUUUCAUCGUCGGCGCGCUCAAAUCUCUCGGGUGGCACGGCAGAGUCGCGGCGCAGUGUGUUCAGUACGCCGGGUAGGGAUGAGAUGGAGCGCAAAAAGGCCUUGGUGGAGAUUGAUGAGGGACCGUUCGCCAAGGCAGUGAGUAUGCAGGACCUGGCCAUGAGAAGAAGGCAGGUAAGUGGGAUGAGCGGAGAUGGCGUGGAGAGUGGAGAACGAGGUGGCAAAAAGAAGAUGUGGAAGAAAGGUUGCGGCAUGAGUGACAGAUGUUGCAUUAUGUGA